AAAAGAAAAAAAAAGAUUUGAUGUGAUGUGAUUUUUCUAACAAGACUAGUGUAUUAGGGGGUUGUUAUAAAACCUAGGGUGUUAAAAUAUCAUGGCCAAUAUCAACUAUAGGAAGGAAAUGAAGCAAAGACAAAGAAAAUCAUUCUUUUCAUUUAAAAUAAUUUACAAUUUUUUGUCUGUAUUAAGACACCCCACAUUUGCCAAUGAGAUUAUAAAAUAAGAGAAUGAUGGAAACCCCAUAGUUUUAUUUUCUCUACAUUUCCAAGUGGGAGUAUUAGAUUAAUCAGAGCAGUUCCAGAAAACCAAUAACCAAUCCAUUUCUGAAGAUCAACUGCUCACUUAUCUCUUCAAUUCUGUCAAAACCAAGCUUUUUUUUUUUUGAUGAAAAGUUUUUGGGGUUCUUUGUUCAGAAAUGGUAAUAUAGCUAUUGUGAAUUUAGAUAGCCAUAUAUGUACGAUUCACCCUGGAAGAAUCCUGGUCAUGUAAGAUUAUACGGAAAGUCAGGAAAAUACACCAAACAACCCAACAGAUUAUAACUCUUUUUCCUUGUAUUUUCAUUUUUAUUUUCUUUGUCCUCUGUCAGAAUCAGGUUCUUCAAGGCCUAAAUGAAAAUCUACUUAAGUUAGCAGGCACCCAUCACGUAGGAGAGAAUGAAACAGAUUUGUAAAGACAAAAAGUAAGGUCUGUCUUAUUCUUUGUUCUUUGUUUCCUGCCCCGUUGUCUUUCUUUUUGCCUAGUUGAGUCCCUUUGCAAAACCUGCCAUCUCUUAAGUUUUGUAUCAAUUUCUUUGUAGAUAUAACCUCUUUAGAAUCUUGGGAAAGUUGUGGCUUUUGGAGAUUCUUAACCCAGGGAAAGAUGAUGUUUCUGUAGGAAUUCAGCAAUGGAAGAUAGAUAUACUUUUUCCAGGCAAGGCAGUGGUGUAUGGAGAUCCUUGAGAGAUGGAGAUUUUGAGGAAGAAGAUGUUUGGGCAGUUCUCAAGGAUAGAAAAGAUUCUACUUCCAAGGUUGUUCAAUCCAUUGAAUCUACUGUUCCUGUUAGAAGACAUCUCCCAAGUGCUGCAAGAAUUAUCCCAAGAACUUUCUCUGCUACUAAUAACAGCAGUAUUAUUGGGAGUUCUAGUUCUAGUUCCAGUCAUGAAGCUAAUGGAGUUAAGCAGCGAUCAGCUCCUGUCAACAUUCCUGAUUGGUCAAAGAUUUCUAGAAAGAAAUCAAAGAAGGCUUCUUCUAGGAAUGAUUUAUGGCAUGAUGAUGAGGAUGAUGAUGAUGACGGCGGCCAUGGUUAUGAUGAUGAUGAUGACAGCGGGGUUAUGAAUGGUUUUGGAGAGAUAGAUGAUGAAGAAGAAGAUUGUGGUGAAUACAAUUCCAAGGUUCCACCGCAUGAAAUUCUUGCCCGGAGGCUUGCAAGGAGUCAGAUAUCUUCCUUCUCAGUUUUUGAAGGUGUUGGCAGGAAACUCAAAGGAAGGGAUUUGAGGAAAGUGAGAAAUGCUGUUUUAACAAAAACAGGUUUCCUUGAAUGAUGUUAUCAAUUCCCCAUCAUAAAUGGUAAUAUCAUUUGGAAAGAGUUUCCUCUUUCAGUUUUCAUUCUAGUAUUUUGUCAGUCUAAUGUUGUAUAUGGGGGUUUUGAAAGGUUGCGUAGUCUGGAAAUUGUCUAUUGCUUCAUUAGGGCAUUAGAGAUCCAUUCUUGUGUAAAAAAAUUGAAUGAAUCAAUGAUCAUUGCCACGUGUUUGAAUUAGACCA